UCCUCAGAUCAGUAGUGAACUAGUGAUCAGUCCCAAAUUAAGCCGCAGUACUGCCAACAGUCUCACCUUAGCCACAGUACUCCAACUACUCCAACAACAAUGUCAGAGGCGUCGGCCGUGCGUGUGAUCGGCCUAUGGGCGAGCCCGUUCGUGAUCCGCGUCCUGAUCGCGCUGAAGCUCAAGGGCGUCGAGUACGAGUUCGUGGAGGAGGUGGUGGGCAAGAAGAGCGAGCUGCUGCUCAGGUCCAACCCCGUGCACAAGAAGAUCCCCGUCCUCCUCCACCACGGCAAGCCCAUCUCCGAGUCCCUCGUCAUCGUCCAGUACGUCGACGAGGCAUGGUCCUCCGCCGCGCCGGCCAUACUCCCGGCCGACCCGUACACCCGCGCCAUCCAUCGGUUCUGGGCACAGUACAUCGACGACAAGCUCCCUCCGGCGAUCCGCACGCUCAAGGGAACGGACGACGGCGACGAGGAGCAAGCGGCGGGGCAGCUGUCCGCCGCCUUGCAGCUGGUGGAGGCGGCCUUCGUGGAGCUCAGCCAGGGGAAGAGCUACUUCGGCGGCGACGCCGUCGGGUACCUGGACAUCGCCCUGGUGUCGCACGUCGGGUGGGUGAAGGCGGUCGAGAAGAUCGCCGGGGUCGCGCUCCUUGACGAAGCCAAGGUCCCGAACCUGGCGGCGUGGGCUGGCCGGCUCUGCGCGCACGCGGCGGUGGCGGACGCGAUCCCUGACGCAGACAAGUUGGUGGAGUUCAGCGUCAAGUACGGGUCGUUUUCGAAGCCUAUUAACAGUGGUGCCAAGUGAGCGAAAGCGGUCUGAUCUGGUCGCUUAACAGUCGUGACCUUCAGUGCACGUGUGCCAGUGUCUAUCAAUAAGAUGGUUCUGUAUUCUUCUAAUCAUGCUCUUAUUGUACUGUUCCAUAAUAAAAAGGGUGGUGCCUGAA